AUGUGUUAUUCAGCUGAUGGUGCCUCUGCUUCAAGCAAAAUUCCUGAAAGACAAUUGCUUCCUACUAAUGUUAAGCCUACAAAUUAUAAUUUAACCCUUAACCCAAAUUUUGAAACUUUCAAGUUUGACGGAAAUGUCGUUAUUAGCCUUGAUAUUCAAGAAACUUCAUCUUCUAUUACAAUCAAUAGCUUGGAAAUUGAUGUAAUCAAGUCGACACUUAAAGUUGAUGAUGGUGCCCCUGUUGAACCUGUCACCACAACAUUUAAUAAAGAUGACACUACUGUCACUUUUGAAUUUAAGGAUGAAUUUAAAAAGGGGUCAAAAGCAGUUCUCGAUAUUGAAUACGUUGGACUCCUUAACGAUAAGCUUGCUGGCUUCUAUAGAAGCAAGUAUACUGACGAUAAUGGUGUUACCAAAUAUCUAGCUACAACCCAAAUGGAGCCUGCUGAUGCCCGUCGUGCUUUUCCUGGUUUCGAUGAGCCUGCUCUUAAAGCGACUUAUGAUAUUACUCUUAUUCAUGACAAAAAUUUAACUGCGCUCUCUAAUAUGGAUGUCAAAGAGACUAGACCUCUUGACAAUGAUAAAGUUGCUACUGUCUUUAACACUACUCCCGUUAUGUCUUCCUAUCUUGUUGCAUUCAUUGUUGGUGAAUUUAAUUAUGUUGAAUCUAAUUUAUUCAGAGUUCCUGUUAGAGUCUACACCACUCCUGGAUUAGAAUCUAGAGCACAAUUUUCUGCUGACCUUGGAGCCAAAACCCUUGCUUUCUUUGAAAAAACUUUUGAUGUUAAAUACCCUCUUCCUAAAAUGGACAUGAUUGGCAUUCAUGAUUUUUCUGCGGGUGCUAUGGAAAACUGGGGUCUCGUUACCUAUCGCGUUGUUGACCUACUUUUUGAUGAAAAAAACGAUAGUGCUGCAACUAAACAACGUGUGGCUGAAGUUGUUCAACACGAAUUGGCUCAUCAAUGGUUCGGCGACUUAGUUACUAUGGAAUGGUGGGAUGGUCUUUGGCUUAAUGAAGGUUUUGCCACCUGGAUGUCUUGGUUUUCUUGUAACGAAUUUUACCCUGACUGGCGUGUUUGGGAAACCUAUGUUGGUGAUACAUUGCAAUCUUCUCUUGGUCUUGAUGCUCUUCGUUCAUCCCACCCAAUUGAAGUGCCUGUUAGCAAAGCCGAUGAGAUUAACCAGAUUUUUGAUGCUAUCUCAUAUUCCAAGGGGUCCUCGGUCUUAAAGAUGCUUGCUAAUUAUCUUGGAGAAGAUAAUUUUAUUAAAGGAAUAUCUGAUUAUCUCAAACUUCACAAGUACAGUAACACUAAAACUGAAGAUCUUUGGAAUGCUCUUGAAAAUGCAUCGGGCAAAAAUGUUUCAGCCGUUAUGAAUACUUGGACUAAAAAGGUUGGUUUUCCUGUUGUUUCUGUUGAAGAAGAUGGUGAUAAAAUCACUGUCACUCAAAACAGAUUUCUUAACACUGGUGAUCCAACUCCCGCCGAAGAUGAAACCAUUUAUCCUAUCAACCUUGCUUUACGUACCAAGGAUGGAAUUGAUGAAACCAUUUUGCUUGAAAAUAGAACGGCAACUAUUACCGUUAAAGAUCCUUCAUUUUUUAAACUUAACGGAGAUCAGGCGGGUAUUUAUCGUGUAAAAUAUUCGCCUGAGCGUGUUUCAAAGCUUGCAAAAUCUGCUGAUCUUCUUUCAGUUGAAGAUCGUAUGGGUCUUGUUGCUGAUGCCCGUGCUCUAGCUUCUAGUGGCUAUUCUAAGACAAGUGCGUUCUUGGAGUUAAUUAACGGAUGGAAGAAUGAAUCGGAACCUAAUGUUUGGGACAGUGUUUUGGGAAAUUAUGCUAGUGUGAAACGUGCUUGGCUUUUCCAACCCAAAGAUAUUAAUGAAGCUCUUAAAAAACUUCAAGCUAGUCUCGUUGAAAACAAGUCCUUAGAACUUGGUUGGGAAAUCAAGCCACAAGAUGGACUUCUUCUUCAGCAACUGAAGGCUAAUUUGUAUAGUGCAGCUGUUGGAGCUGAGAUUCCCUCUUUUAUUGAUGAUGCAUUGGCAAAGUUUAAGAAUUAUUCUGCUGGAAAUGAAAACGCAAUUGACCCUAAUCUGCGUGGCGCUGUUUUUAGAGCCGCUGGCAAGUACGGUGGUAAAGAAGCAUUUGACAAGCUCUUAAGUAUUUACCAUAAAAAAUCUUCUGUUGAGGGCCUUACUGCUGUCCGUUCUCUUGGCUAUAGCACUGAUAAGGAUCUUCGUGCUAAAGCCUUAAAUUUUACUCUUGAUGGUACCAUUCGUACACAAGAUGUUUCUUACAUUUUUGCUCCAUUUUCUACAACUACAGAAUCUAUUGAACAAGUCUGGAGCUGGUUCAAGGAAAACUGGGAUAAGUUAAGUGAGAUCUACCCUGCCAGCUUAGGUCUUCUUGCUCGUGUCGUUGGUGGUGCUAGUGCAGGCUUUAGCACUAAGGAGCAGCUUGCUGAUUUUGAGGCCUUCUUCAAGGAUAAGGAUACUAAAGGCUACGACCAAACUCUAGCCAAUACUAAAGAUCGACUUCAUGCAUAUAUUUCAUGGACCGAACGUGACUCUAAAGAUGUCGAAGCUUGGCUUACUUCUAGAGGCUACCUUGAAAGAGAUGCUAAGUUGUAA